AUGGGUAAGAGCUUUGGGACCAGUUUCUUCGGUAUAAUUGAUAAUGCCGCCAAUACGCUAAGAAAGCCAGAUUAUAAAUGUUUUCAUCGUGAGGGGGACGGAGAGUUAAGAUAUUUUCGUCCCAUUGACGGUGAUAUUCCUACUUUAGAAAACACUACUGAACUAGAUGCGAUUAUCUGUCUUGGAUCCGCUAAGUCAGCUUACGAUGAUGACCAGUGGAUGUUGGAACUUUGCGAGUUUUUCAGAUCUAUAGCCAACACAAAACUCAAACUUUUUGGCUCUUGUUUUGGCCAUCAGUUGAUCAACAAAGCGUUUGGUGGUACGGUUACAAAGAACGUGGAUCAAGGUUUUAUCUUCGGAGCGGACGGGAUAAAGAUCUCCAUACCGGAGGAUUUGGGAGACUCAGCGAUAUCAAUGUUACUGGAAGACGGGACAAGUUUGAAGAUGUUGCAGAGUCAUGGUGAUGAGGUAGUGACGUUGGGCGAGGGAGCACGACUGCUAGGCUCUUCAGAGAGGUGCCUGAAUGAGGUGGUCUUGGUGCGGGGAAAUAUCCUGACCAUGCAGUGUCACCCUGACCUUACUCCCGAGCUAAUGAUGACCAACAUAUGGCCCGCCAUAUCAGGCAGGGGCCGGGGGCUGUUGAUCCAGCUGAUAAGGACAAAUCUGGAUGAAAUGAGAAACGGUGAAGAAACUUUCAACUGUGUCCAUAUCCUCGCGUGGCACUUGGACUUUGAGUUGGAGGUUGACUGA